AUGUCCAGAAAUUUGCCAUGGGCCCAAGCCCAUGAUACCUUCGACUCCGAUGAGCGGUCCCCCUCGCGGAAGCGCGUCAAGCGAGAGCCGCUUCCCGGCGACCAUAUAGCCUCAAACAGCCCACCUUCUGUUGAGAUAAAACAAGAAGUCCUCAAAUCCUCACAACCUCUCACGCCUGUCACUAAACGCGACCUUUCUGAUAGGUAUGGCAAUAUGAACGAAUGCGCCCCGGAAACGAGAUACUGGAUCGCUAACCUCGAGUUGAUCAGCUUCUCUGCCGACUCGAAGGUCUCAAAUCGGCAAGGGCAUCCUCGUGGGGAUGCUCCAGGUAGGAUAGCGCCAGAUGACAUUGAGCGUCCAACAGAUGGCCGAACGGUUAUGCCGAAAGAACUACAAAUCAAAAAGAAAGCGGAGGCAGUUGCGGCGCGUCAGCAAGGCGCAUUUCAACCAAUGGAUGCCAAGGACGAGGAGAAAUAUGAAAGUGAUGAUGAAAAGAGCGACGUGAAUCUAUUUGCCGGAACACAUCUUCACCAUCUGAUCGCAACAAAAAAGAGUGUAUGGUCUCUUACCGGAGUAUUCGGAAUGAAGAUCAAAUCCUCCACUAGAGCCGCAGCAGGAUUUGGGCCACCAGCUCAGAUGACACUGAAGCGAGAGAGAAUUUCGAUCGCUGAGCAUAAUCCACUGCAAGAGGCAAAUGGGAGUUACGAGCCGAGUGGUGCCGUGACAGAGUCAUCAGAUGAAGAUAAUCUUGAUGAGCCAGUUUAUCGAGGUUCCGCAUCUAAAAUAGCGACCGAGAGCAGAGGACUGGAAGCGAAGAGGGAAGCAACUCAGCUACAAAGGACUACGAACUCCAAGAAGGAUGCACAAACAGACGCUACAAGACCAAUUGUGGAAAAACGGAAGCUGUCGCCGGUCCAGCAGAGCCAGAAGCCGACUUCGGGUUUCAAGUCAAGAAUGCAAUCAUUAUUGGAUGACUUUGAUGAGCUGCCAGAGCUAUCAAGAUCAAAUACGUCUAUUUCUGACAAGAAAAAGGGACACUCCCCUGGGAGCAGAACAUCCGAGAGGAGUCCCGCCGAAAACAAUCUGGAGUCCAAAAAAUCCCGCUCACAUAACGUUCCGACAUUUCUGCUGUGA